GAGGACGACACUUGAGCUCCUGGCAUCUUUGCCACCUCCAAAAUUAACCUUUUGUAUUUCCUGCGUGCGUUAAAUCAAUCCAUCUGCUUACUAUCAUGUCAUGGUUUGCGUCUUCCUCCUCGGGCGGAGGAGAAGAAGGAGGAGGAGUAGUGAGGUUUCGUCUCUCAAAAAGUUCAAGACUCCCUCCAGUAGAAUCCUUUUGAAUUCUUUAGGUCUGUGUUUUUUUCCCCCCUUGCUGGACAUUGGAGUAUUUCCGCCGAUGAGCCGCGCACCCUGAGGGGAGAUGGAUUUGGAGGUGAAGGGUGUGAAUGGGUCGACCUGUUUGUCCCAGAAUGAGAGCGAGUGCGGACUGAGCGCGUCUCCAGCCGGAGUGCCCACUGCGCUGGCCAGCGUGCUGAUCUUCACCAUCGUGGUGGACAUUCUGGGAAAUGUCCUCGUCAUCCUGUCUGUGUUUAGGAAUAAAAAGCUGAGGAAUGCAGGGAACAUCUUUGUGGUGAGUUUGUCCGUAGCCGACCUGGUGGUGGCCUUGUACCCAUACCCUCUGGUCCUGACUGCCAUCUUCCACAAUGACUGGACCAUGGGAGACCUUCACUGUCAGGCCAGCGGCUUCAUCAUGGGCCUGAGCGUCAUUGGCUCCAUCUUCAACAUAACAGCCAUCGCCAUCAACCGCUACUGCUACAUCUGCCACAGCCUCCACUACGACCGCCUGUACAGCCUGAGAAACACCUGCUGUUACCUUGGCCUCACCUGGCUUCUCACUGCAAUCGCCACAGUGCCAAACUUCUUUGUCGGGUCGUUGCAGUACGAUCCACGUAUCUACUCCUGCACUUUCGCGCAGACGGUCAGCUCAUACUACACCAUAUCAGUGGUGGUUAUUCACUUCUUGAUCCCACUGCUGGUGGUGUCCUACUGCUACAUGAGGAUAUGGGUGCUGGUUAUACAAGUGAAACAUCGCGUUAAACCAGAGCAAAGGACAAAACUGACACCGAGCGAUGUGAGGAACUUUCUGACUAUGUUUAUGGUGUUUGUGUUGUUUGCGGUAUGCUGGGCUCCGCUUAAUCUUAUUGGCCUAGCUGUAGCUAUAAACCCUGGAAAAGUAGCACCUCACAUACCUGAGUGGCUCUUUGUCACAAGUUACUUCAUGGCAUACUUCAACAGCUGUCUAAAUGCCAUCAUAUACGGACUUCUUAACCAAAACUUCCGUAAAGAAUACAAGACAAUUCUUCUGGCUGUUUGCCUCCCGCGUUUGCUCCUCAUAGAGACCUCCCGGUGUGCCACAGAGGGACUGAAGAGCAAGCCUUCACCAGCUGUGACAAACAAUAACUUUGCAGAGAUUAAUGUAUAAACCAGUGUUUUACCAGUAAACUUAGAUAGAGUUUCUCUGGAGCCUCUUGGAGGAAGUGUGAAAUGUCAUCCACGGAGUGCCUUCUUCACAAGACGUGUACCUUUGUCUAGUUGUAAAGAUGUAAUAAUGAGGACACUGCAGCAGUCAUAUUGCUUUCUGUAAUGUCAGACUGGUCCCUCAGGUGGAGAAGAAAUGUAUCACUGGUGUGACAAGAACAUACUGUGCUUAAGUGUCAGUGUUCCUGCAUUCUCCAACAAACUGGUUAACAAAGAAAAAAUAAUUAAACUCAUAGUCAAGGAAACCCGCUUGGACCUCGAGGAACUUCAGCACUGAGAAGUGGUCUUAGCCAUUCCGACAUCAACCACUGGUUUGUGGUGUACCAGCUUAAAAAAAUCAAUUCUGUCAUGUUAGAUGUUGUCGUUCACUGUAGCUAGAAUAUUAAAUCUAGAGGGUGCUGCUGAUGGCCUGGUGCUUUUUUUUACUCAAAGUUUGCC